UGCACCUUAUCAUCUCUCUCUCGCAAAAAGUCAGCGCCUUCUUUUGUCCCUCUCUCUCAAAGCAGCAAGGUGCUACUGACAUUUUCAGAGCCUGUCUCUCAUUACAGUUAUGGAGGACGAUUGGGAUCUGCACGCUGUCGUCAGAGGCUGCGCCACCGUCUCCUCCUCCUCCUCCUCCUCCACCGCUGCAACCGCCUCCGCCUCCGCCUCCGUCUCUUCCUCUGUUUUUCGGCUUCCUAUGUUUGCUGGGGCUGAGAAAGUUACCCAAGUUUUGUCCCUCUCGGAUUUGGACCCUCUUGAAGCCGGACCCUCUUGCUCCGUUGAAGAAUUGCACGAGCUUUGUAAGCCUUUCUUCUCCAAAUCAUCCAAGCCUCCUUCGUCAUCGUCUUCACUAGUUUCCCCUCUGUCUCCUUCUUCCUCAUCCUUCUCCUACAAUUCUCCCUCUGUUCCCACCAAACCAGUUCAGACACAGCACAAGCAACAGAAUCUGCAGCCCAAGAAUAAGUUGUCUCAUGCCGGUCCUGUCUCCACCACCCCGAGAUCUAAAAGAAGGAAGAAUCAGCUUAAGAAAGUUUGUCAGGUUCCAGCUGAGUCUCUCUCCUCUGAUAUCUGGGCAUGGCGGAAAUAUGGCCAGAAACCCAUCAAAGGCUCUCCAUAUCCAAGGGGAUAUUACAGAUGUAGCAGCUCGAAAGGAUGUUUAGCUCGGAAACAAGUGGAAAGGAACAGAUCGGACCCGUCGCUGUUCAUAGUCACCUAUACGGCGGAGCAUAACCACCCUGCUCCUACUCAUCGGAACUCUCUCGCCGGCUCCACCCGCCAGAAGCCCUCAGCCGCCGCCGCCGCCGCCGGAGAUGAAACAGACAAAGCCCCGACGAAAACCGGCUCUCCGGUGACGUCUGGGGUGGAAGAAGGGGAGACAGUACCUCGAAGCGCAGACUUCGAAAGCAAGGUGGAAAUGGAAGAUUUGAUGGAGGAAGAGGAAGAUGAAGAACUUGGCUUAUCAGAUUCUGUGUUAACAGAUGAUUUCUUCGAAGGGUUAGAUGAACUUACCGGGCCGUCACCUCCGGCGCCGGUGGCCCCUGUUACCGUAGACUGCUUCGCCGAUCCCUUCUCUACUGGUUUCGCUCUCCCGGCAUGGCCGACCACUAAUGCCGCUGCCACCACCGCUGGUGGCAAUUGUUGACUCAUUGGGAGGCUCUCGGCAUAUAUACAAUGAUUCAGAUUUAACUUGUACAUGUAUAAUGCAUUAUGUACAGAUCAAAUCUUUUUCAUUGCAUGUAUGUAUGACUAUGAACAACCAAAAAAAAUUGACAUUUUUUUAAUGGUUUUAGUUUUUAAUUUUCUGUAGAGGUUGAACAAUUUGGAGGAAUCAUCGCUAACCAUGGAAGAUAAAAGUUGUUCGUCUUCCAAAAUUUCUAGUACAGUAAGAACUGAAGAGAAGGUAGAUCAGGGACUUUAUGCCUCUGUUAAUCUCAGUAGAGAUUGUUAGGGAUUGAUGUCUUAGAUAUAUUAUAUAUAAUCCAAGAUUGUUUCUGAACAGUUUUUUAGGAUGA